AUGGAUGAUUUUAAAAUGUUGGUAUCUGACAGUAUUUUCUCAGGAGAGCCAUCCGUGGCUGACAACAACAGUGAGAUCAAAAUAAUAGCGUUGGUGGUCACCAACCUGAUGAUAUCAAGAACAGGGAUCCCAAUUGGGCCAAAACUUUUCAAUGGUGACAAGGCCAAUACACACAGUUCCAGAAGGGCUGCCUUCAGAUUUAAUAGUUGUUGCUUCCUUUUUUCUGUGUCCCGCUUUUUCAGGCCUCAAAAUCUUAAUUUAACUGCUGUAAGUGAAAGUAUCUUGAUGGAUAAUCUGGAGAUCUUCCAAAAAAAUGGAUUUGAUUUUGUGGUUGAUGAAAACGCUCCUGUAACUCAGAGAGUGAAGCUCAUAUCUUUACCAACCAGCAAAAACUGGACUUUUGGUCCUCAGGAUGUAGAAGAAUUAAUCUUUAUGUUAAGCGAUUCUCCGGGAAUCAUGUGCAGGCCCUCCAGAGUAAGGCAAAUGUUCGCCUCUCGAGCGUGUCGAAAAUCCGUGAUGAUUGGAACCGCCCUCACCGCCGGUGAAAUGAAGAAACUGAUUUCUCACAUGGGUGAAAUUGAGCAUCCUUGGAAUUGUCCGCACGGAAGGCCCACCAUACGGCAUUUAGUCAACCUGGACCUCAUUACACAAGAGUGACAGGAUUCUAGCACUUACUUUACUGUGGAACGCAACCGCAGUCUCAUUUUAGAAUCAUAAGCUGUCACAAAGCUCUCGAUUUUGCUGGACCAGAAGCUUAAAUAAUGGCUGCAAAAGAAGAACAUGUGUGUUUUUUUCUUUUUCUCUCUUUCUCUCAAAUGGUUCAUGUAGACACAAUAACUUUCCAUCUCCUGCCCUCUGAAAAAAGACUUUUCACAUUUUUGUUUAAAAAAGCAGCCAGAAAAUAGAGAUUUUUACCCGUCCACCCCCCCAAAUGGACUUGUUUUACGGCUACCUUUGUGGAAAGAUUGGCUUUCUGUCCAUUUUAUCGAUUUCCUCUGGACAGGAAGAAUUAAGUGCACAUAACUGACUUUUUAGAGGAUUUUCUAUUUUAGAACAGACCUGUUUUAUAAAUAAAGAAUAAAAAAAAAAU